AUGUUGCAGAAGUGCCAGGAUGGCAAGGACCAAUCUAUCACCCAGGCCGGGUCCAAGUGCGAAGCUGAAAAACAAGCCAUCCGCAAAGAGAAUGCUCAAAUGGCAGAACAGGCCAGCAAGCAGUGUGAGGCUGACAAAGAUCAGCUUCGCCAGCAAGCAGCAACCGCAGCAAGUCAAUGCGAAAAGGACAAAGCGGAUCUCCAGGCCCAGUUGACCCAGUGCCAGGCAAACGUGCCCGCGCCAAAACCCGCCCCGGUGAUAGAUCCGAACUGCGAAGCGAACAGCUGGGUGACCAUGUGUUCUAGUUGCUCCCAAGACACAUUCGUCAUCGACGGAAAGGAAUUCAAGAAAAAGUGUGGUGUGCGCACUGUUGGCGCUCGUGAGGAACAAUGGCUGUAUCGCACCUCCCUCAUUGCGUGUAUGAAGGAGUGUGCAGGUAGGAGUGAUUGUCUCGGGGUCGGUUGGAGACCCGCAGAAGGAGUACACGGAAUGCCCCCCGUCACAGGUACAAUUCCCAGUGCCUCCAAUAGCCGUGAGAUUAUCGAUGGCCACAAUGUCGAGUUCCGUGGCAAUCUCACCCAAGGCAUUGAAAGAAGGGAUUCGCACUCUGCUACACUCGAAUACGAUAAUAUGGAAAACCUUGCUAGCACCUGGCGUGGUCGACCCUUGAGGGACUACCAUCGGCUGUUGGCGCCGCUAACAUACGCUUUUCACUUUUAG